AUGUCUUCACCAAAGGAUCUCGCUCAGGUUGAGCACGUCGAUCCCGACAAGAUGACCUUUGACGAAGUUGAGCGCCCUGCUGCGCGCGAAGCCAAUGAUCGCGAACACACCCUCACUAUCCGCGAUGCCCUCCGCCUAUACCCCAAAGCCAUCGCCUUCUCCCUCCUUUUCUCAACAGCCAUCAUCAUGGAAGGUUAUGAUCUAAGUUUGCUGGGUAGUUUUUACGGUUAUGAUGC